AUGUCUACUUUUUCUUUAACAACUAAUUCGAAGCUUAACGACAAAGAGAAAAAAAGAAGGAAGAUAUUUAAGAUACCCAAAUUUUUGAAGUCCAUCGGAAAGAGAGGUUCAGCUUCCAACCCGCCUGAGGCACUAAAUUCGACUACGACUGAAAUUUCUAAUCCACCUGAGACAAUUGAGUCCCUUCGCAAAUAUGAAAAUAAAUCAGGACAAGCGCAGAAGUUUCUGGAUCGUGUGGGUCAAGACUUCAGGUGGCCUGCUUCAAUGAAUGAGGUCGACAGAGGCACGGCUUUCUUUUAUUUGACUGACGAAUCUGCCCUGGAAUUUGAUGACGAAACAGGAUUCAACCUUAUCUUCUUCUAUAACAAUAUCGAUAAAGGAACAUUUGAUGAGCAUAAGAAUGACUGGGUGUUGGUGUAUAAACAAGAAGUGAAGAAAUACGGGACAUCAGAAUAUACGAGCAAAGAAUUAGUUGACCUCGAAGACGAAAUGCCUGGCGCAAUAUAUUUACCAGUUGAUGAUAAUAUUGCGAAAUCUCCACCAGCAAGAACAGUGUCUGCUCAUCGCGCUAAUCAGGAACACAUGGUUAGAUUAAUGGUUAGAAGAUUAGGAACCACAAAAACCGUUACACCCGAGCUUAAUUUUAAUGACCCCGCCGAAAGUGGUAAACUUUAUAAGACUGUAAUUGAUUCAGGUGCACAAGAAACGACCCUUCCUUACCAUGUCCGUAGUGUGCUUGGAAAAACGGGAUGGCAAGUUAAAAGAGUCCAAGCAAACGGAUACGGAUACCCAUCUUGUGUUUUUUAUGCAUCCACAACAUUUGAAAUUGCUGUCGGAGAUGAUAACGGAUGGAGUAAGUGGGUGAAUACAAAUACACUCAGAGUUUGGCAGACAAAACCCGGUGGUCAUGUAGACAGUUCUCUUGUUGGGACUGAUGCUCUAGAUCAGUUUUACUUCAUACACGAUCCAAAUCAAGGAUAUAAAUUUUUAAGGGAAACUGACGAGGUUGCUUUAACAAAUUUCAUGGCUAGGCUUCCCUAA